AACAAACAAACGAAAAAAAUCAAUAUAAUUUCGAGGCGGGAAAAUUUACAUUCUUUUCAAUCCAAUUCUUCCUCUUGGUAGUCAAGGUCAAUAUCGGCCGGAACCACAGAGGGCGCCGAGCAUCCCACGUAGAUUCUUGCACGGGAUUAUGAACUGAACAAAAGAAAGACAGAAAAUCAACUAUUUAUCCAAUAUUACAUGUAAUAGCGAUCAAAACCAUCUUCCAUUAUAAUUGAUCAUUUUGUAUCAAAAUCGAAUUCUCUUCCAAUCGAUUACUAUUCGAUUGUGUCACGUGUCAUGUGCCGGCGUCCGUCACAUGAACUAUCCCCAUUGAGAUCCAAGAUGGCGCGAUGGUUAAGGUGACGAUCUUCGCCAAGGUUGCGUUGAUUUUUUACAACAGAUUUACGUUCUUUUUAAGGAACAGAGUAUUACAGUUCACUAGCCAACUUAUCAAGCAGGUGUAACAUUUACAAAAUACAAAGAAUUGCGAAGACAAUAGGGAGGACUUUGGCCAUUGUCAUUGGUCAGUCUUUACAGCAUCGAACGUCCAUUCAAAGUUGCCAAAGAAACGGACGCGUAUAAGGUUUGAGAAAAAAAGCUAAAGAAAGUUCCGGCAUUCGUCUUUGUUUCCUUGGAAUUUCUUCGCCUUCUUGGUGCAAUCGACCGUAACAAAUUUUCAAAAAUGUCGAUCCACGGGAUUUCUUAAAGUUUUCGUCUGAUCCUGAAGUUGUACCAGUAUGAAUGUAUUUGCUGAGCAUGUAAUCGGCACAGUCACCCCAGCUAUUUUUGAAAUGAGUGGAGAUUUUCAUACAGAUUCUGUAUGCCCUUGGAGCGAAGAUGAGGAAGAAAUUGUCCCAAUGGAUAUUUGGACAGCGUCUUCGUUGGGUGACUACGAUUUUGUUAGAGAUUUCCUUUACUCCGAGUCGAAAAAUACUAUAAACAAUAGAAAUCCCGGUGGAUGGUCACCGUUAAUGUAUGCAUCGUAUGUCGGUCAUUUCAAUAUUGUAACAAUGCUAUUAGAAAAAGGCAAUGUUGAUGUAGAUGCCAGAUCAGGUGGCCGUUCUGCUACAGCCCUUAUGUUGGCUGCAAGUUGUGGCAAAGAAGAAGUGGUUGAAUUCUUGCUCCAUAAUCAUGCAGAUAUCAAUGCCGCAGAUGCAAGGGGUUAUACACCCCUAUUAUAUGCCACUUUAUAUCGCCACAGUGAAACGAUUGUAACGUUGGUUAAGCUUGGGGCAGAUUUGAAAAAGAGCGAGAACAUCCAUGGAUUAACACCUCUUCUUCUGGCUGCAAAGGAAGGUCAUGAGAAAAUAUUUGAAAUAAUAUGGAAUCUAGGAGGAGAUAUCAAAGCACAAACAGCAAAGGGCCUCACUGCUAUUGAGUUAGCUUACCAGUAUGGCCAUAGUAUGGCAAUAGUAAAUCUCAUUGAAUACCGGACUAAGCGAAAUUCAGUGGUUCGAAGUGAGGCUGACAUUUCUUUUUUACACCCUGAAUUAGCUUCAAGUCCAGGAAGUUCAAACUGGGACUAUGGCUCACCUGGAACUGGAAUCAAAGCUGGGCCCAAAGCCUUUGCAAGGUUGGUAAACCAAAAAUCAUCAAGCUCAAACAAGCAUUUUGGUAUUCAUAUUACUGCUGGCAAUACUACAAGCAACACACAGUUUUUAAAGGGUCCAGAAAUUGUUCGCCCAGGUACUUCUAGUCCUAGAACUAUUCCACCUAAUAAUCGGUUACCAGACUCUCAAGGGAGUAGUUAUGACGAUUUAUUCUUUGAACAGAGUGGAGGAACAAUUAAAGAUAGCAGCUUGAAUGAAAGGCUUAUGAAAUUGGAAUUACAAAGCAAUGGAGUGAUGUCACCACCAAGAUCAGGAGGGUUUUCUCCUCAGUUUCCUGACACACUGGUGUCUGAAUUUCUUCACGAUAUAAAUCUAGGUAAAUAUUUACCUGUUUUUACAGAGGAGGAAGUUGAUUUUGAUACUCUGCUUACUUUAAGUGAGAAUGAUCUGGUGGAAAUUGGUAUAAAUCUCUUAGGGCCACGACGGAAAAUAAUCAAAGCCAUCCCUGCUUGGAAAGAAAGGCGUUCAACUCGAAAGCCAAGUAUUACAAGUUUGCAGAAUGAAUUAUCUGAAUUAAAUAUGCAGCUACAGGAGAGAACACUUCAGCUGCAACAACAAGAACUUUACAUAAAGGAAGAGAAAAAACUAAGGUCAAUAGCAGAAGGAUGCAUUGUUGAAGAAAAAGAGAAAAAUCUACAAGCAAAGUUUAAAGCUCAAAAAGUUGCGAAUAGUGUGAGGCAAACAUUACCAGAAUUAGACGGAUUAUCUCAGAUUCUAAGUAGUCUUUGUGACAAAACAAAUGAUGAUGUCACAAAGGAAGUAUUUACGAAGCUGGCAGGAUCCGUUGACAAGAUAACACCAAUUUUGAAAGAAAUAGCAGAAAAUGAAGACAACAUCACCAAACAAACUCAUAGCAAAGACUUAACCUCAGAAUGUGUACACAGUAAAUCUGGAUAAAGUCCCUUAAGGACUCUCAUUGUUAAAUAACCAAUGUCAAGGAUGGAUCCAGGGGUUGAUUAGGGCAAGUAGCAACUAAUAAUAAAGCACUGUCCAUCUGAAAGAAAUCUCAUUUUCUUCAGCUCUUAAUCUAUCCCUUUUCUGAAUAACAUUCUUUCUCUUGAGCUAGCCCGUGACCUUUAUUAUCCUGGAUCCUCCAAUGAACAUUCACCCAAAAUGUCAACUGUGGUAAUUUAUGCCCUUGAUAACUCAAAUGAAAUGGAAGAAAAAUACACUGAUCAUGAAUAGUGGGAAAAUUUUUACAAUUGUUUUUAACAGACAACUUGACAGUUUUAUGCAUUCUAUCAGCUUGUCUUUGUUGUUUAUGUUGGUUGUUAGCUUUAGUUCUAAAAGAUUUGAAUGUAUUAAUAUCCAUGGUUCAUGGUCACAUUUUAAAUAAAAUUAAACAAUGUUAUGAAAUACA